CCUCGACCACUAGAAAUGCCCCCCCCCCCGGUGGCUUUGGACAUUUCAGAAGGCUGUGCCUCCUUUGCUUUGAGGGAUUUUUAUUUCAUAAACACAAGUGCUCUAAAUGUGCUUUGUUUAUGUGUGUGUCAAUAAAAUCUGAGGUUCUCCAGAAGCAGAAUCCUGUACUCAGUGUCACCCCACUCCUGCAGAUCUGUGACAUGCAGAGAGUCCUGAACAUGGCUCUCAUAUAACAGCCAUUGUUGUCAGCUGAAGGGGUAGCACUGGAUUUGUGCCCUGUACACUUACGCAGGUUGUAUUGGGACAUUUGUCUCUCUGAGCUCCAAAUACUUUCAGUGUAGCAAUUGCCCAGUAAAUCCCUUUCAUCGCUGUACUGAACCACAGUAAACUAAUAUUGCAGACAGGGGACCCUUGAUUAGCAGGUUUGUAUGUAUACAGUUGAUUUUUGUCUAAGAAUACCUUCUUAUACAAAAGUAAAAUUCUUAACGUUUAUUUGCAGGCCAACUAAUACGCUGGAAUAAGAGAGGACAGAGCCUGAAAGGAACAGGGAAAGAUAAAUCUAAAGGAUGGUCUCCACAAGAUGUUGAAAGAAAAGGAGAAAAUUACAGUGAUGGAAUUGGAGUAACUUUGAUUUAUACCUGUCAGUGUCUUGAUUAGGUUUCUCAAAGACAUGCCGUAGACCACCUGAAUGAAGCCGCAGACCACAGUUUGGGAACCCCUGAAUUAGACUACAGGUUCUGGCUGGGGUGUGUGUGUGGAAUCUGUAGUCCAAAAGUCUGACAGCACCAGCUUGGGGAAGGUUGCUCCAGAGUGACCCACCAUCAGAUAUUCUUCAGUCAGAGGGAUGCAAAAGGACGGCACCCCAUGGAGGUAGCACUGGGCCAGGCAGAGUCAAAGGGUCUGGGCAAGAUGGGAGCUUCUGCAAGGAAUUCAAAACAUUCCAGCAGUCUCUACCGAAAGUCCAUUAAGCCACUGAUUGAGAAACGCCGCAGGGCCCGCAUCAAUGCAAGCCUGGAGCAGUUGAGGAAGCUACUUGAGCAGCCCCCAGAUCGACAGAAUGCUAGAGCUUUAUCGCGUCUGGAGAAAGCUGAGAUUCUGGAGAUGACUGUGCAGGAGUUCCGCAGGCUCAAGAAGAAAGGCGCGGUUGCUGCUUCCGUUUCCCAAGACAGCCAAGAGUUUACGUCUGGCUACUGCCACUGCAUCAAUACUGUCAGUACCUUCCUGAGCAGAGCAGACUCCUCUUUGGGACAGGAGGUGAAGACUCGGAUCUUGCAACACUUGGAAGAGGCUCCAAGGGCCAUUCCUAUCAUCACACCAGCUCCAGUUUCCAAAGCCUGGAAACGGCACAAAGCAGACUCUCUCCCCUCCCUUCAGCCUUCCUUUUUAGGGACAUCCCCUCCUCCUCCUCUAAUUUUAGACUCCCACACUCUUACUGCUGGGUUUUGGUCACAGCCUUCAGCAUCUCCGCUGCUGCCCCAGCCACAUGAACCUUGGACCCAGCCAGCCUCGUCUGCUACAACCACCCAUGUGUGGAGACCAUGGUGAAUGAUGUUCUGAUUUAAUUACAUAUUUACCCAGUCAUGUAAUUUUCUGACAUGUAUUUGUUUUUAAAACUUUUUGGAUUUUAUCUAUAUUUUGAUAAUUUUAUUAUGUCCACUGUUUGAAAGUCUAUUUUAA